AAACCCCGACUUCUCAAAAUUCGCAGCAGAAAUGGAGAAGAAAGAAGAAACAAGCUGACUUGUGAAUCUAAACUAGACCAGUAGAUUAAAAAGUAGAAGGAGAUAUGGACUCGGUCUUCACCUUCCUUUUCAUUCCUUCACCCACUUCUGUUGGUUUGUUGUUAGGGUUCUUUUGUUAUCUGGGAAUUGCUGGAUCUCUUUUACCCGGAAAGCUUGUUCCCGGGGCGAUUUUAUCCGACGGAACUCGGCUCCAUUAUCUUUGUAAUGGAAUGCUAUCUCUUAUUUUGCUGGUCGGACUACUCGUGAUUGGAGCUUGGAUGGAUUAUGUAUCACUUACUGCAAUAUCAGAUCGAGGGCUUGAGCUUUUAUCAACAACGUUUAUUUUCAGUGUUAUUGUCACAUUAUUACUUUAUGUCUCUGGAUGCAAAUCUAAUGACCGAAGUGCAUCGCUGAAGCCUCACAUUAGUGGAAACAUAAUGGAUGAUUGGUGGUUUGGGAUACAAUUAAAUCCUAACUUCUUGGGCGUUGACCUCAAAUUUUUCUUCGUGAGAGCUGGAAUGAUGGGGUGGCUCCUCAUCAAUCUUUCCGUGCUUGCUAAAUGUAUCCAAGAUGCUACCUUAAGCCAAUCAAUGAUCCUCUACCAGCUAUUUUGUGUGAUCUACAUUAUGGACUACUUCUUUUAUGAGGAAUACAUGACAUCUACGUGGGAUAUAAUCGCAGAGAGAUUGGGCUUCAUGCUUGUAUUUGGAGAUUUAGUGUGGAUUCCCUUCACAUUUAGCAUUCAGGGUUGGUGGCUUUUGAGUAACAAGGUGGAGUUGACUGCAGCUGCAGUCGUUGUAAAUUGCUGUGUAUUUGUUUUUGGGUAUUUGGUCUUCAGAGGAGCUAACAAGCAAAAGCAUGACUUUAAGAAGAAUCCCAAAGCAUUGAUAUGGGGUCAACCCCCAAAAGUUAUCGGAGGGAAAUUGCUGGUUUCUGGCUACUGGGGAAUAGCAAGGCACUGCAAUUACCUUGGAGACCUGUUACUGGCAUUAUCCUUCAGCUUGCCAUGUGGGAUCAGCUCUCCAGUUCCAUACUUCUACCCAACAUAUCUUUUGAUUUUGCUGAUAUGGCGAGAGAGAAGAGAUGAGGCUCGAUGUGCUGAGAAAUAUAAAGAUGUGUGGGCAGAAUAUCGCAAGGCUGUACCGUGGAGGAUUCUGCCAUAUGUUUACUAAUGUAAUGUCGUUGAAUUAGUUUUCUCUCUUUAUCAUUUAUAGAAUUGAAAUGGGAAGCCAUAUUCAUUUGAUCAAAGUCAUCAAAAUAGCAGUGUUUUUGUAGUGUGUGUUUUACUAGAACAAAAUUAUCGAUGUCAUAGUUUUUUAUAUGUCUAAUGUCUUGCUAAUUACUAGCAUAGACAUGAUGCUUGAGAAGUAAAGUAAUUGCUUGGCAAAAAUAUCAAUCAAUUUAAUCAUAUAUACUGAGUACCGUACAUUGUGCUACCUCUAAUUGUAUUAAGUGAACUUAUUUGUUUUUUAA